AUGCUGCGCGCCCUGACCAGCACCCUGCGCUUUCCGCGCCCCUGGAGGCCACUUGAGACCCGAAGCUGCUCCUACAACCCAGGGGCUGCAGGCCAGGUGAUCCAGGUGUGUGCUCUGGUGGGUCCAGACCAGGGAAUUGCUGAGAUUCUGAUGAACAGACCGAGCGCCCGCAAUGCCCUGGGGAACGUCUUCGUCAGUCAGCUGCUGGAAGCUCUGGCCCAGCUUCGGGAGGACCAGCAAGUGCGUGUCCUGAUCUUCAGGAGUGGAGUGAAGGGUGUGUUCUGUGCAGGUGCAGACCUGAAGGAGCGGGAGCAGAUGAGUGAGACAGAAGUGGGGGUCUUUGUCCAGCGGCUCCGAGGCCUGAUGACUGAGAUUGCAGCCUUCCCUGCACCCACCAUUGCCGCUGUGGAUGGGUUUGCCUUGGGUGGAGGCCUGGAGCUUGCCCUGGCCUGUGACCUCCGAGUGGCAGCUUCCUCGGCUGUCAUGGGGCUGAUCGAGACCACCCGAGGGCUCCUCCCAGGAGCAGGAGGGACUCAGAAGCUGCCUCGAUGCCUGGGGGUGGCCCUGGCGAAGGAGCUCAUCUUCACGGGCCGACGACUGAGUGGGGCGCAGGCCCAGGUUCUGGGGCUGGUGAACCACACUGUGGCCCAGAAUGAGGAGGGCAACACUGCCUACCGCUGGGCCCGAGCCCUGGCCCAGGAGAUCCUGCCCCAGGCCCCCAUCGCUGUGCGGCUGAGCAAAGUUGCCAUUGACCGAGGAAUAGAGGUGGACAUUGCAUCAGGGAUGGCCAUUGAAGGGAUAUGCUAUGCCCAGAACAUCCCAACCCGGGAUCGGCUGGAAGGCAUGGCUGCCUUCAGGGAGAAGCGCCUCCCCAGAUUUGUUGGCGAGUGA